CAACUAUUUCUUGUGCUUUUGCAAUUAAUUUAGUUAAACAUAAUACACUUAUUUAAUAAUAAUAAUAAAAUAUAUAUUUAUAAUUCUUGGGGUAAAAAGAAAGAAACAAGUACUUUAACAACAAUACUAUUUGUUGAUCACUACAUAAAAGUCUGUUAUGAAAUAUAAUGUACUUAGUAAAAUAAAAUGGAUUUAAGGUCAUUCAACAGACUAUAAAAGUCAUUCUAGUUUCAUUUACUGUAGUCAGCAGAAGUUUGUUUCAUUUCAUUCCUAUCGCUGUAUUUCUCGUGCCAACAGCUAAAUCAUGACACAAGAAGAAAAAUGGAUUGAAGUCUUUCAUAAAAUAGACAAAGAUAAAAGUGGAUCCCUAUCACUUGCUGAAAUUCAACAAUGCUUUAAAGAGGUUAACAUUGAUCCAAAACUCGCUGAAAAUUUUAUGAAAGAAACUGAUACUGAUGGGGAUCAAAAAGUUUCUAUGGAUGAAUAUUUAAAAUAUUUGAAGAAAGUUGAAAAAUGUAAUACAGUAAUUGAAGGCUGGAAGCAGGUAUUCCGUCAUAUAGACAAGGAUAAUUCGGGAAAAGUUUCCAUCAAAGAAAUGGAAGAAUUUUCUAAAACUAGCGGUGCUAAUGAAAAUCUAGAAGAUUUGAAGAAGUGGAUUGCAGAAAAUGAUAAAGAUAAAGACGGUGAGAUCAACUGUGAGGAAUUCUUAGCAUUUGUGCGCGAAUCUUAUCAAUAAGUUAAAGUUAAUGCCUGUAACAGAGAUAAUUGUGACUGAAAAACAGUAGAUUAAUUUCCUUUUAACUUUCUAAAAAUGUAUUUUAUCACUAUUGUUAUUUUUGCGAAAUAAACAGAUAAAUUCUAUC